AGGCGGGAUUUCGAUGGAUGUUUUAUGCAUUUCAACCACUUUGUCAAGGUACAUCAGCAGUCCCUCUUGCACCAGAAGUAUCUGUUGGGCUAUCUAGGACGUGGGGCAGCCGUGCUGUGUGCAAACAGCCAGCCAGGAGUGGAUGCUGUCCUGACGGGCAUCCGCAGCUUGACCGCACAUACAUCAAAUCUCAUCCCUAUCCUAGUGCAAUCGAAGAACGACAUGCAUUACACUGCACGCCCGGACGAAAGACUUUUCGAAGCCAUGAAUCCCUACGACCUAGGAAUAUGGGGUCCCAACGACGCCAACACAAAUAAGCGAGUUAUACGAGUCGUCUUUGCACUCGCUGUGCAACGGGAAAAUGCCCAGGUGACGAUGAAGAGGAGGGAGAUAACAAAAGUCGGCGAGACAUUUGUGUCCUAUGACAUCUGGAUUGCAGGUCUCGCAUCGCGAACCAUUACUCCUAUCUCACUACAGGAGGAG